UUUGUGAAAGCAAAAGAUGGGUAAUAUAUGUCGCUCCCAGAAAGAUCAUAUUCAAGAGAUCAUUGAUAGGGAUGUUCAUAAUUGGAGGGAGUGUGUCCUUGACUCUAAAAUGACCACAAAGAUUCCUUCGAAUAAUCCAGGUACAAAGCUCAGUGAUUACACUGACAUAGAGUACCUAUCGAAGGGGCAUUUUGGUAAAGUUUACAAGGUGAGGAGCAAACUUGAUGAUAAAAUCUACUGUAUGAAAAGUCUGAACAAGAAUGCUAUCAAUCAUGAUGAGGAGUUCAAAAACCUGGCUGCUGAGAAAGAAAUUCUGAGCACAAUCGACCAUCCAAAUAUCACUAAAAUGUAUUCUUCUUUCCAGACAAAAAAUCGGCUUUACUUUGUCAUGGAUCUUGUCUCAGGGGGAGAGCUAUUCUACCAUCUUAAGCAAAAGAAAAAGUUUGAUGAAGAAACAACUUGUUUUUAUGCAGCUCAGAUCGUGCUGGCUGUUGAACACUUGCAUAAGAAGAAUAUUCUUUAUAGGGACUUGAAGCCAGAAAACAUUCUUUUGGAUGAGAACGGCAAUGCAGUCUUGAUAGACUUCGGUCUUGCCAAAUUAGGUAUGACUAACAACAAAACUACUAAGACAGUCUGUGGAACUCCAGAGUACAUUGCUCCAGAAAUUAUUGAAGGCAGACCUUAUGACAAGUCAGCGGACUGGUGGAGUCUUGGCGUCCUUAUCUAUGAAAUGCUCACUGGCAAACAUCCUUUUAAAACUAAGAGCAACGAUGUAUACUCCAUGUACAAAAGAAUCUGUGAGAUCCCAGUUAAGAUGAGACCUGAGCUCUCAAGUGAAGCCAAGUCAUUAAUUAACGGGCUUUUGACCAUCAAGAACUUUAAUAGACUUGGAUAUUCAGACCUGGGAGCUGAGGAAAUUAAGUUCCAUGAUUUCUUCAAGAGUAUCGACUGGGACUUACUUGAGGCUGGUGAGCUGCAUUUCCCGGCAGUUACCUCAUUCAUUAAGAACGAAGUGUCUAUUGACAAAUCAUUUGAAGGCAAGUUCAAGAGGAUGGAGAAGAACAAUGCCCAUAGGAGAGACAACCCGGUCGAAGAAUUGCUAGCUGAGCUUUCUGAUGACGAGAUCGAAGCUAUCGAUGGGGUAGAUUUAGACAAGAUCAAGAGAAUUAAAACUGUUUCUAUGAAGAGAAAUAGAACUCAAAAGGCUCCUACUUAUAGGUACUUCGAUAAUUUUGACUUUGCAAGAGCAGGAAGGGAUAAUAAAUCUUAAAAUUCAACCAGA